AUGGUUGUAGCAAAAUCCCAUCAAACCCUCGUCGUGAAGGUCAUGCUAGGUCAUGGGACCUCGAGACUCGUCCUCCCUGCUCCCGCUUUCGGUCAAAUCUUCUCGAAAUCUCGGUACAAAUUACAGCGAUCUUUGAUCAGUUUGGCUUUUUGGAUUUUGUUCCUGAAGAUCUUGCUCUUGAACAGGAUGAUCAGGAAAGUCAGAAGGCAAAAGUCAUUUCGUAGUACAGAGAAGACCCACAAGAAGCGCUUCCAAAAUGGUUCCUCAUCAUUGGUCGAUAGUACACCAGACCUAAAUGGGUAUUUUUUCCCUGAACAGCUCUCAAAUUUGGGAUUGUUCGACGGUAAAGAAACGCUCAAGGGUUUGGGCUCGGGGCUGGCUCGUGGGCCAUUCUCAAAUGUCACUUUUGCGCCAACAUCGCCUGUCUCCGCCGCCCAGCCCCGAAAAAUGCUAUACAUACGUAUCCAAAGCGAAAUUCUAUCGUUAUGCGGGAGCAACGUGAAUCAAAGGAGCGCACGGGAGGACGAUAACGACCAGCCCAAGGAGUUCUAUUUCCAUGAAGAAAUCCCUUCACUGUUCUCCAUUUACAUACAUAUAGCCGUCUGCGAAUCAAGCAGCCUUGUGGAGCCAAAGGAACAGCAAGCGGGUGUGACUGAGGUGGAGUGCUUGCGACUCACUUGUAGAAGCAGUGGACAGUGGAGCACAUCCUAG